AUGAGCCUCCUGGAUGGUGGCAGUCGAAGCACGCUUGAGACUCGCGAUCGCUUUGUCUCGCAGACGCCUAAGCGUCUUCCCUCAAGUAGAUCCGGACAAUUAGGCCUGCUUCUCACGUCCUCGUCCGGUUUACAAGGGAAGGAUCUGGCCACAUCUGGGAGACUUGGCCUGUACCCUAAAGACGCGACGCAUGGUGGCAACAUCGUUGGCUGUAUUCCUUUCGGCGUCCUAUUGAGACGCAUACGUGCAAGGGGAGAUACACAUGUCGGAACUAGGGCAACCGACAUAAGGCUGACAUAUAAGAGAUUCAUUACGGCAGGAGCUUCUAGUGGUUGGGCGAGCUUCUUUUCGACAUUUACAGCUGGGGUGACAGUUCAUUUCGACGAUGGGUCCUUACAGCCGUUGAUCUCCUUGCCUCGUGUCUCCGCAGUCUGUUAG